AUGGCAUCCGCUUCCCCGCCGCCAGCAGUUUCGCAGUGGACGAAGCAUAUCUCACCGACAGACGGGCGCCCGUACUGGUCGCACCCGCAGAAGGGAUCGGUCUGGGAGAAGCCGGACGACCUCAAGACACCCCUCGAACUCGAGAUCACCCGCUCUGGGUGGAAAGAGUAUGAAACGGGAGGGAGGAAGUAUUGGGUACACGCCACGACCAAGGAGACGACGUGGACUACGCCGAAGGAUGUCAGCGAGAUCAUGGCCCGUCACAGCACGCCCGCCGUUCCAACUCCUCCUCGUCCCGUCAUGCCGCCAACCGGUCCCGCCGCCUACCGCCAGCAGUCUCCUCUUGCUGGCUCCAUGUCUCCCGCUCCUCCAGUUGGCGGCUUGACUCCUCAUACCGGCGCGCUGGUCGCUCCAGGUGGUUUCGGCGCGGGCAGUCCAGGCCUCCUCCCUCCUCGCCCUUCUGCUCUCCCAGCUCCUGCCGCCACGACGAACGUGACGUUUGCCACGCAUGCCGAAGCAGAAGCUGCAUUCAAGGGCAUGUUGCGCAACCUCGGCGUCACGUCGACCUGGACAUGGGAGAUGGUGAUGAAGGAGGCCAUCACCGAGCCGCUUUACAAGGCGCUCAAGACGCUCGCGGAGCGUAAAGCCGCUUUCGAGAAGUACCUCGUCGAGGAGCGCGAGCGGGAGAGGCAGGAGCGCGACAAGAGCCUGGCGAGGUGCAGGAAGGAUUGGUUCAAGGCGAUGGACAAGCUGGGUGGAGGCGUGAUGAUGGAGGAGGGUGUCAAGAGCUGGUGGAGCUGGGAGAGGGGCAGGCGCGUCAUGCGCGAGAAGUGCAAGGAUGCGUGGGCGAUGCCGAAGAACGACGAGGAGCGCAAAAUCCUCUUCGACGAGUUCAUCGCCAAGUUGCGCAAGGACGAGGAGACCCGCAAGCGUGAAACGCGCGGACGCAACAUGGACAAGCUCACGGGCAUCCUCCAGUCUCUCCAGCUCGACCUCGCCGGCCCAGUCCGCUGGCAAGACGCGCGGAUGCUUAUCCAGCGCACGCCCGAAUGGCAUCACGACCCCGAGCUUCAGCGCAUCGAGCCUAUCGACAUGCUCACCGUCUUUGAGGACGAGGUCCGGCGUGCGGAGCAGGCUUAUGUCGAGCAGAAGCAGAGGGUUGCCGAGGAGAAGCGACGCAAGGCGAGGAAGGCUCGCGAGGACUUUUCGGCCCUGCUCGCCGAGCUCGUCGCCGCCGAUCAGAUCACCGCCGGCGCGACCUGGAAGUCUGCCUACCCUCUCUUCCACCACGACGAGCGCUACCUCGCCUUGCUCGGCCAACCCGGAUCCUCCCCGCUCGACCUCUUCUGGGAUGUUGUCGACGAGCUCGAUAUCCGCGCUGAGGAGGACCAGCUUCUCAUUGAGACUGUUGCGAAGGAGAAGGGGAUGGUUGUUAAGGAGGAGACGACGGAGGAAGAGUUUGCGAAGGCGCUUGAGGGUGAUGAGCGCGUGGAGAAGAUGGACUACGGAGCGAUCAAGGCGACCUUCGAGAAGCUCCACCAUCGCGCCGUCCGCCACGCCCGCGACGAGCGCCGACGAGCCGAGAAGAAGCUGCGCCUCCUUGUCGACGACCUCCGCUACGCCUUCAAGAAGGUUGACCCGCCCAUUGACGUCGACACCGCUACAUGGGAGGACGUCGUCCCGCUUGUUGAGCAGACGGACGAGUGGGCGGCGCUCGAGGGGAACGACGAGGCGAGGAAGACGGCUUGGGAGAAGUUUGUCCGGCGUCAGAAGGAAAAGCGUGCGGAACGCGAAGCCAUGGACCUCGACCGCACCGAGCGAGACCGGCAGUAUGAGCGCGAGCGCGACGCCGAGCGGGAGAGGGCAGGCGAGCGCGACCCGUCGUACCGGUCGAGCAGGCGGCGUGGCUCGCACAUUCCCGAAGACGAAGAACACGAGCAUGAGCGUGACCGGCGACGCAGGUUGAGCAGGAGCAGCGAGUUGCCGUACGGCGAGGACGCCAGGACCGGGGAGCGCAAGAGGGCUGCGGGCGGAGCUGAGGAGCAGGACGAGGCGAGUGCAGGAGGUGCGGCGGAGGAGGACGGUCAGAGGGAGCGGAAGAUGCCUCGCCUGGGCGAGAACGGAGACGUCACCAAGGUGGUUCGAGGAGUGAACAAGGAGGAGGGGGAGCUCUAG